AGAGAGGUGGAAUAAAGCACGAGCUGUGCGCGCGACACCCUAUAGACUAUUGCCGUGUGUGCACGAGGAUUUAAAAUUUGAUUGUGAAUCUGCUGCCGGGACACACGCGCAGAGAGUUCAGAGCUGGGGACUGGACGUAGCGUGCGCGUGUACUUGCGUGCACGCCCAGGUGCGUGUUGUGAUGUUUGUCUCGCGCAGCUCCGGUCACCUUGUUUUGGACUCGGGUGCGCGUGCUCAGCACGUGGCAGCGUGAUCGUGACAGAAGAAUCUGCUGAUUUUAUUGAUCUGCGCGUGCACGCGGCGGAUCGAUGGAUUUAUUGAUUGUUUCACCUGCUUUUACCGGAUGAACGUUAAAUGUAAAACUUUCCAAAUAAAAGUGAAGGAUUGAAAAAGUGGAUUUUAUUCUGAAGAGGGCGCUCUCACUUUCAGUUGGAUGUUAAUCGUUACCUUUGACCUACCAGUGACUGAACUUGUGAUCAGUUUGCUACAAAAUGGAGGAAACAAUCGUCUCUUGGGGCCAUUUUGGAUCUUUGAGCUCUGACUGACAGCCACUCACCUGAGUGGGCGGGGUCAGCAGGUGAUCCAGCCAGGUGACAUUUGAUUCUUACGGAGUCAAACUGCUCCUGAACGCAGGUUCAAUUCCACUUUCAUCGGGUUCGAUUCCCUAUGGCACAAACACACAGUGUUCCUUUAGUAGUCUGGAGAUAAGAGUCGUUAAUGAAAAGGUGUGUGUGUGUGUGUGUGUGUGUGUGUGUGUGGAGCAGUGAUAACAUCGCAGGGUUUUCUGGCUCCACUGAAAUGUGUUCAAACCAAACUCCUGGUUUUUAUGUGAAUUUAAAACGUGUGUAAUUGUUCAUCUCCAGAUGUUUUCCUUGUUUGUAUGAGGACAGUGAAGUGGAAGCUGUUCCUGUCCCCGUCUGCAGACGUGGCUGCACAUGGACGUGACUGAGCGUCGAUCUGUCUGAAGCAGAAACACGAGGACGACAGACUCACAGCAUGAGCGAGUGAAUGGUCUGUCUGCGUCCUCCACGUCUUCAGCGGCCACCCAGCUGUGUGAAUCAUUUCCUAAUGGCCCUGCGGCGGACAUCCAAUCAGAGGUGGAUGCCAGCACAGUUUACAGGAUGAACCCGGUCGCUGACCUCAGCAUUGACUGCAACACUCUGGUGGGGGAGAACCUCCGCCCCCAUGGAGGGAUUUUCUAUCCUGGCAUCCAUCCUCUUUCAGCUGAAAAACCCCGGGAGUCUGGAACUUCUCUCCCACUGGGCUACAAUCUUCUGUACAGACCUAAUGUAACCCUGCUGAAUGGCCAGAAGCCGGCAAACGAAUAUGUUGGAGUUUAUAAGAACCCACCACCUCUGGUUGUUCCUGCUACAGGAGCUGAAGGCCUGGGGCCAGACCACAGGGUUCCACCCAGUGAUAAACAGUCAGAACUGGGCCUGAAUGGUGCUGGAAACUUCCUGAGAUUGCCCUGGAUCAGCCCUUAUGCUGAUGCUGCAAUGUACCCAUUCUUAGACAUGGCAUACAAGGCCUCUUUCCUGUCCCAGCCAUCGACCUUCAUCCACCAGCAGCUGGCAUAUCAGUCUUUGUGUGCCGCUGGGGCAGGAAGCAGCACAGCCGGGGAAGACAGACAUUUCUACCUUCCUCAUUAUGCCCCAACCCAUAUCACAUCUCCACUGGACCCUCAAAUCAGGAUCCCUAAGGCCACCCCUGCUCCUGCUGUCCUGGUACCCAUCCCCCACUGCCAGGAUAAAGCCUUGCAAGGAAUUGGUCCUCAGGUACAAAAGGAACCCUUCAGCACCAGUCCAAAGAUCCGCCAGGAGCCCGAGCCUCACCCUACUGAGCAACUACAUGGCAGCAGUAACAGUGGUGCAAAGUCCAGUCAGGCUUCAUCUUGCAAGAGUAGCAGUAGUGAAAGUAGCACUGCCCCUGUUAGCAGUUCAGCUAGCACUGCUGCGAUAGAGUUACCCCCAGUUAACCGUCCUCCAUGUUCAGUUCCUCAAUCCCUCGGAAACUCCAGUACAGAUCUCCAGAAGUCCACUUACAGAAACACCUCAUCAACUUCACGCUCAGUCUCUCACCCCUUUUACAGGGCUAGCCUGAGCUCUGAGCACUGCUCUCCCACGUACUCAGGCAGCAACAAAACCAAAGGUGCCGGCUCAGACCGCUGUAGUGAAGAGAAGUGUGUAUCCCCUGCACAGACAUCACUGGACACAGCUGUGCCUCAUAAAACUGCCGAAAGACCUUUGGAUCUGUCUGCCAAAGAGUUGAAAGGUUUUGCAAAUGGUUUCCCGUCCAAAUUAGAGGCCCUGGCCAAAUUGGGGUAUUCACCACCAUCUCAUUAUGAGCUGCUGGACAACCAGGGCCAGCACUUAAAAGAGGGUCUGCCCCGACCGGUUAGCACAUCAGCAAACUCUCCAAAUUGUCCUGAAAUUAUCAGUACUGCACCCUCCUCUUGGGUGGUCCCGGGUCCUUCCUCAGCUGUCGGCUCAGACCACAGCAGAGGCUCCCAAAUAAUAAAAAACAAAAACAAGCCUCAAAGUUCUCCUCACACAAAAGUAGAGAUGAGCAGCAGUCCCAGUCCUGCCUCAGGGGGAAGAUCUUCUGCAAUGUCCCCUUCCCCAAAAUCCAAAGUUGAAUGGCCACAAGCCCCUAAUAAUGAUUUGGAUAAAGGCCCUCCAAACAGCAAAGUAGAAACUCCCACAUGCUGUGGAAAACAGAUCAUAACUCCUGCUAAGUUAGAGGCUCAGAAGACACAACCUCUUCUGCAUCAGCAGCCUCUUGUGGUUAACACCUCUUGUCAAAUCUUUGGUGAGUCCUACCUCCCUCCUGGCUUAGGUUACACCAACCGUUACAUCCCAUAUUCGGUUGCUGAGAAUAUGUCCCUGCAACGCAUUUCCAUACCAGGCAAAGGAUCUGUCUACUCCCACCCAGUCCUGCUCAGCAACAGUAGCUUUUACCCGCCACACACUGUACGAAAGCAAAGUCUACCAUAUGGAGUACAUCCAUAUCAGAAUUCCCAGGAAUUGGCUCCAACAACCAUGUCGUGCUACCCAGGUCUUAACACCAAAGACCGACUUGACAACAGAUCUAAAACUCAGGAUAAACCCUGGAGUGCAGAACCAUAUAGGAACCAGGAAAGGCCAGAUGCUGACAGCUCCCACAAGAGUGACAAUGAAAAAGACAAGUUCACAAAUCAAAACAUGAAGACUUCAGGAAAAAACCUCACGGCUAUCAAAGAUGACGUAGUUUGUAUCGACCCCGUGCGUGAUGAGACAGAUGAUGAUUUGUCCACCAACAAACUCAGCUCCUCAGCUAUCGGCGUAGAGAAUUCCAUCAAACCAGGGAGCAGUGGGUGUAUCCACAUUCAAGAAAACAAGCCACAGCCUCCUAAGUUCCUCCCUUCUGAACAAGCUGCAGAGAUGAGGCAAGGCUCACUACUCCAGACUUCCCAACCAAAACCUCCUCAUAACCACUCUGCUUCAUCUCUUCUUGCUAAAGAGGAGAUCCCAGAAGGAGAAGAAACACUUAGCCCAUUCUCGGACAUCCCAGAGGAGCAGACCAUGCGCUGUGCCCGAACUUGUCCUCGGCAGUUUUCUAGAAAAUGUAAAAGCCUCUGGUGGUGCUGGGGACCUGGUGAGGGGGGAACUAGUUUUGGGAAUAAUGGUGCUGAUGGAAAGAGUGCAAGUAAUGGAGUUCAGUCAGAAGGCCUGAGCAGGGAAAAGGUUGAUCCUGAGCAAAGCUCGUCAAAGAAGAGUAACUUAUCAGUUCCUGUUGGUGAAGUAAAUUCUUCCAGUGACAAUAACAAUUCUAACCUCAUCGUGGGAGAAGUGUGUACAGUCACCCAGACCGAGAGUCCAGUUUAUGGAGCUACUUCUCAUGCAGACGGUGCAGUUUGCACCAGUAAAGCACCAGCAUGUAGAGAUUUCAGUCCCCAGGUUCCAGUUUGCAGCACUUUCGAUCCCAGGGAGGCAGCUGGAGGAGUCAUGAACACCAGGACCUCACUUUGUGUCCACAACCCAAGAGCUCCCACUUGUAAGGGCGGAGAUGAAAACAGUACAAAUUUUGUCCAGAGGAAUUUUAUUGGUCCGUGUUGCAGAAAUCUGAGGGCUCCAACUUUUACUGGAAAUACAAACCCAGUGGCUCCAAACUGCAUGACUGUCAAUCCCCAGUUUGCAAAUUGUGAAAAGCACAAUGCAGUGCACCAAGCUUACAGAAACAACAAUGUUGGGGUUCUUGCAUGUAAGGGCCGGUCUUAUGGAGAUUACCAGACCUGUGUAAAUAACAAUCUCAGGGGCUCAACAUAUGGAAACUAUUUUCCUCGGAGCCCAACCUAUAGGCACUUUUCACCUGGUAAUCCAACCAAUGGAGGCUUUAACAGGAUGCUGACUAAUUUGACUCAAGAGCUGCCAGUUAACAGAGACCUUAAAUAUGAAGGCUUUUCCUCCAAUGAGACGCCAAACUCAGCUCUCACCUUCACCAGCAGUGGAGAUGGGAGGAAGGAAAUCCAGGACAGCAUGGAUCCACUAGUUGAUGAGGAUAAAGGCCCCAGCUGCAGCAAGAAUCAACGCUCGGGCCUCACCAAGCGCAUCGCCAAUUCUUCUGGCUACUUGGGCGACCGCUUUAAAUGUGUGACGGCUGAGCUUUACGCCGAUUCCAGCCAGCUGAGCAGAGAGCAGAAAGCGAUCCAGCGAGCGAUGCUGCGUUUCUCUGAGCUGGAGCUGAAAGAGAAAGAGGGAGGAGGAGAAGAAGAGGAAGAACGAGGGAUGACCGCAGCAGCAGUGGCGACAGGGGAGAAGGAGCUGGCAGGCGGCCAGCGAGGAGAUGGAGGGAGGGAGGAAGUGGAGGAGGAGGGGAAGAAGAAAGAGGGAGGAGGGUGGGAGGGCUGCCAGAAAAGUGAAGGGCGGCGAGGAGGAGGAGAAAGAAGUCGCUCUGCAGCCGCCGCCGCCACCGAGGCUCCGAGAGGUUCUCAGAUAAACUGCCGUCACAGCCAUGUCCCCAUCCUGUCUCCACCGUGUCGCCCGUCCAACGGCCUCGCCGUCCUCCGAGAGGAUGAGGAGACGAGGAGGAGAGAAGAAGAAGAGGGUCUGCAGGAGGAGAGGAAGAAACAGGAGAGGAGUUUUGUUUCACAGCCAGAACUACAACAACAAAGGUUUCUACCCACAGCCAGGAGUCUGUUCCAGGGAAACACCCCCAUGCCGACAUCCGCGCCCGGUGGUUCGAAUCCCGGCACGGUGAUAAACCGCAGGCGAAUGUUCAGCCUGGAGCCUUUUCAUCAGAGCAGCAUCAUCAACAGCCGACUGAAGAGAGGGAGGGAGGAGGAGAGGGCGGAGGAGAGGGCGGGAAUCAAGAAAACCAAGUUCACCACCAACUCGACCUCAGACGUAAAAAAACUGAAGGUUUACAUCGAGCUCGACGGCCUCAGACUCAACAAGCCCCUCCCACACAGGGAGCACGGCGAGAGGUCAGCAGAGGUCACCAGGAAGUUCAGAAUGGACGUCCUGGCCGUCAGAGGGAGGUCAAAGGUCAACGGAGGCUGGGGCGACCCCGCACUUGUGAGGAGGGACGGCCCGAGAGUUUCCCAUGUGGCACCGCCCUCCUCUCCCACCCAUCUCCCCCGGCAACCAGCCCCUGCAUCCCUGUCCUCCGUCACCUCCUCUCGCCUCCAGGACAAACAUCAGAAGCUGAGGGAGAGUCGCAGGCUCACAGCUUUCCACCAGUCCUUACUUCCUCCUCCUCCAUGCUCCACCUCACCUGACCCCCAUCCCUUCCGCUGCCAUGACGACCUCGACAGGCCGAAGGGCAAGCGACCCUGCAAGACGAAACACAUGGGAGGAGCCAUGGCCAGGGAGGAGGAGGAGAGACAUGAAGGAGGGAGGGACAACGUUGAGGAGAAAAAUAGGAGGGUUUCUCCAUCUGACUCAUGUUGCUCGCCCAGCCACAGACCUCCCUCUCCGCAGAACACACUCUGCGCCCGGCCAGCCCCUCCGGAGAUGCGUCGGCUCAUUGUGAACAAAAAUGCUGGAGAGACUCUGCUUCAGCGCGCCGCCCGCCUGGGAUACGAGGAGGUGGUGCUGUACUGUCUGGAGAGGCGACUCUGCGACGUUAACCAUCGAGACCACGCCGGGUACUGCGCCCUGCACGAAGCCUGUGCACGUGGCUGGCUGGGGAUCGUGCGUCACCUGGUGGAGCACGAAGCCAACGUCAACUGCAGCGCUCAGGAUGGAACCAGGCCGCUGCACGACGCCGUUGAGAACGACCACAUGGAGGUGGUGCGCUUCCUGCUGGCCUGUGGCGCCGACCCCACCCUCACCUCCUACUCCGGACGAGGGCCAAUCAACAUGACCCACAGCGCUGCCAUGGAAACCUUCCUGGAGGAAUAUCUCUGUGACCUCCAGGGAAGGUCGGAGGGCGACCAGGGAACGUACUGGGAGUUUUACGGCAGCUCGGUGUGCGAGCCACCCAGUGGCGGAGGAGUGUAUAACAUCCUGGCUGAUCCACCAGGGCCAGAGGACGAAGAAGAGGAGGAGGAAGAGGAGGGUGAGGAUGAGGAGCAACAUUCACGAAGGGAGGUGUUUGAGUUCGAACUGUCCGACCGACCACUGCUGCCCUGCUACAACAUCCAGGUGUUGUUGUCACAGGGACCCAGGAACUGGCUUCUCUUCGCCGAUGUCUUAGGUCGCCUUCGGAUGACGUCACGGUCUUUCCGGCGUCUCUUCCCUCAGAUCAACGUACAGUCCGUCCCUGAAGACGAGUUCUACCGACAGGCGUCUCUGUCGCAGCUGCUGACGGGUCCUGACGAGCGGGAGUUGGUCUCGUUCAGGCCGGACGUCAAAGACCCUCUGGAGCUGGUGGAGGCCACGCCCGAGCUCGCUGGCAUGCUAGGCUCCUCCCUGGAGUUCAUUGAAAGUCGCUGGGACUCGCUUAGCGCUUCGCCACCUCCGACGCCACCGCCAUCACCCUCAGUGACAUUUUCCUGUGUUCCAGUGUUAUUACCUCCGCAGCCACAGGGGGCGAUAGAGGGAAACAUGUUGCACAACAGGACCCAGUCGAUAGAAAGUCGAGGACUGAAGAAGUUGGUGUUUUCUGCUGCUAAAACAGAAACUAAAGAAGAUGCUAACACGUGGGAAACACAACAACAUGGAAGUAAACAUGUCGUAGGUCCUUCUCCAACAAAGACGAACAUUACGUCCAACGCGCGCAUGUGGGAACUGCAAGGAUUACGAAGUAAGAACACUGGUGUCAUUAACUCUGACGGUAAGAUGGACGCUAACAUGUGGGAACAACGACCAGGAGGAACAAUUACAGCAGUGGCUUCCGUGAAGUCUGACAAAAUGGGUGGAGCUAACAUGUGGGAACCUCAGCGACUCCGAACUAGGAACCCUGUGAGUUCUGACUCCGCCCUGUCACAACCUCGGCGACUGCGGAAUAUAGGCACUGAAAAUACUAACUCUUCAGAUUCAAAUGUUGCAGCUGACGCUAACACAUGGAAACGACUAAAUCAACGAAGUAAGACCAACAGCGUUUCUGAUUCUACAGAUCAAGAUGCUUCACUGGACGGAAGCUUCUGGGAACCACAACGACUGCGAAGUAAGAACGCCGCAAAUAGUAUCCCAGCGACAGCAGACACAAACCUUUGGGAACGACACGGAAUAAAGAGAGUGGGUGGAAACAUCUGUGAUGCUCAGUUAGCUAAUAGCAUCAAGAUGGACACCGCCUUGCAAAGGAACCUGGGUAACGUUCGAGUCCACAUCAGGGACCUGGGGAUGAAGGUCGCCGCCGUCCACAGAGACCUGAAGAACGAGCGGGAGAAAGUCGUGAAUAAGAGCGGAGUUAAAGUACGAUCGUGACAGAGUGAUGAAACAUGUAAAUAGGAUCAAAGAGGAAACAUGAACAUUAAAGGAAAAGUAACGUGUGUUAUAUGUACAUAUGUGUUUUUAUUUAUUUCUCAUUCCACUGGUGUAAAUACGAUGCUGUUUCUCUGUAACGUGAUUGGUUCUCGUGUGUAAUUUUAUAUUCAGCUUCCUGUCAGCAAACUAUUUCUUGUCCAAUAAAAACCAGGAAGAAGUUAAAAAUCUUAGCUCCUGCCUCUUUAAGACCCUCCUCCUGUCUGCUGUGAUUGGUCAGCUGACACUGUUGUGAUUGGUCAACAUGUUAGUGUGUAGGAAAUGGAGACGUCUCAAACCAGCUGCUGGACACGUAUGAUGUAAAAACAUGCAGAGUUAAGUUAAGUUAACUGUCAGUCAAUGUAUUAUGUCAGUGUCCUCACUAAGACAGAAGUACAAACUAGUAUGUAAACAAACCAUUUUCUCUAAUAAAGAGGGAGCGAGAGAAACCAUUCAUACACAGGAUAUUUCUCUCUCUCUGUUGGCCUCGCUCGACCGUCUUCUCUUUUAUCCUGAUGUGUGUUCGAGAGAGAGAGAUGAGUCACACACAUUAAAGGAUGAAAAAAGACCUGUGAUCAAACAUUUUCUGUUGAAGCUGAAAAUCUGUUAAAUUUUUAUUUAAUUCUUUGAUUCUUCACAGAUCAAAAUAAAUGUGUGGAUGCUGCUAGCGCCCCCUUCA